AUGUGACUAACGGUCCCAGUGAGAGUUUGGACCAGAAACAUCCACAGCCUCCUCCACCUUCGUUCCAGAACCACAACAAGAAGCCUGACAGCCUUAAACUAGAUCUCAGUCAGAUGAACGUAAAAUCUGCAGGAGGUUCAAUGUCAUCUCUCGGUUCUCUCCCUCCUCUUGGAAUGAAUCCGACCACCAAGAGUAACAGUGGCAGGAACUCCAAGCAUGUGUCCAGUGACAUCAAGGCACUUUUAGACCUAGGAUCUGAUUCACCAGAACACUAUGAGGAGGAUUUCCAUUUGUCAGGAAGUGAGAAGACUAGUAAAGGCACCAACAGGUCAUUGUCUGGCAGUGGCAGUGAGAUAGAGGAGGAGAUGUCUGUAGGGAUUGAUGACCAAGAUCAGGAUCAUGACCAACCUGUAACAGAUCGGAGUGGCAGUGGCAGUAGCAGUUACAGUGGCAAUGAGAACACUCCCAGGGACUUAUGAUAAAGUGUCAUCUCUAGUUUACUGUACUGUUAACAAUCACCAUCUAUUUCAUUAUUAUGGGUUAUUUGUAAUUCACAUUGUAAAUAACAAUUUGACCAAACUAGUUACUACGGGGUUACUACAUGUUUAUCGGCCACUAUGAUUCUAGCAUAAAUGUAAUCUUGUUUGUACAACUGUAUAGAAGUAAUAUCGGUGCAACCAAUAAAUAUAAUAUGAUCUCUGGCAA